CCCACGUUUUACUUUCAUUUUCACUUAAAAAGGCGCCCCGAGCACUUCUACAGUGCUUGAUGAUUACUUUCAUGGCGACAUUUCUAUGGUCAUAUUCGUUGUGCUGAAACAUAGACAUUUUAUUUGAUAACAAUUUAUUUUGAUGAAUCAUUUUGUGUUAGCAUGUUAUAGUCUGUGCAAAGAGGGAUCAUGUAAUUAGGUCUACUUGUGGUCUACAAGUCCAACUACAACUUUUAGAUUUUUUGUUCGGAGCCUAUUUGUUUCAUAUGUAUUUUGAAGAUGGAGGAGCUGGUCAAGAAAAUGCGUUUGAGAGAGUGGCUGAUAGCGCAGAUAGACAGCGGAAAGUAUGCAGGACUUACCUGGGAGAACGAAGACAAAACUAUGUUCAGGAUCCCAUGGAAACACGCGGCAAAACAGGACUAUAGUCUGAACGAAGAUGCAGCACUAUUCAAGGCGUGGGCAGUGUAUAAAGGGAAGUAUCGGGAGGGGAGGGACAAGGCAGAUCCCACCACCUGGAAGACUCGUCUCCGCUGUGCCUUCAACAAGAGUACAGACUUCAAAGAAGUCCCAGAGCGCAGCCAGUUAGAUGUAUCCGAGCCCUACAAGGUCUACCACAUCCAGGCAGAGCCAGAGACAGGCAGAGACUCAGAAUCUCCUCAGCCUGAGAGUCAGGUGAUCAUCCAGACCAGCCGCUCCAGUGUUCCACUGAGGAACAUUGUCACACACCAUCCACAGUUUGGCUGCAAUAGUGAAUCAGAGGCCAGGGAUGGAAGAGUCAACUCCAGAGAGGGCUUGGUAGGGGACCAUGUGUACUACUGGUCCAACACAGGGAAUCCGCAGAGGGAUGGCUCUGCUCCUCUCUCCAUAGUUGUCCCUACACCACAGAUCUCUGACUUGCGUGUGCGGGUGUGUCUGUUCUAUCAGGGCCAGCUAGUAGUGGAUGUGACCACCAGCACCCCAGACGGCUGUUUCCUCCUGCAGGGUCAGGUGCCCCUGGGGAAUGAGAGGAUCUAUGGACCCUGCACAGCCCAACAGGUCCCCUUCCCCCCUCCAGGGGUCAUCCAUCUUCCCCCGGGCAUCGCUGAGGCCAUGGGCCGCCUGCUGCCCCAUCUGGAGAGGGGCGUCCUGGUGUGGGUGGCUCCAGACGGGGUGUUUAUUAAGAGGUUCUGCCAGGGCAGGGUGUACUGGAGUGGCCCCCUGGCCCAACACACAGACAGGCCCAACAAACUGGACAGGGAGAGGACCUGCAAGCUGCUGGACACAGCUAUAUUUCUGAAGGAGCUCCAGGACUAUAUCCAGGGGGCGGGACCCAAACCUCGCUAUGAGAUUGACCUCUGCUUUGGUGAGGAGUUCCCUGACGCCAGCCAACUGAAAACCAGGAAACUGAUCAUUGCACAGGUGGUGCCCCUGUUUGCUGUCAACCUACUGCAUAGUUGCCUGAGGAUGGGGACAGAGGGGAGACCACGCCUUCACACACACAAGACCAUGGGGGAAGAGGGAGAGGGUCAGCCACACCCCCUGCCCCAGCGGACACCCCUCUGAGUAACCCCUGGGGAACAUCACCAGUCCCCCCUGGUGGCCCCUCCUGUCCCAGCUUAGCCAGCCAUGAUGAGGGGUGAGUGGAGGCUCAAGACACAGUCAGUGUAGGUUUACUGUAUGCCCUGUGGAAAGCAACAUAUACCUCAACCUUAAGAGAGCAGAGAACAAUAUGAUACGACACAGGUAGGAGCAAGUAUGCUUGGAACAGAUAUUUCUCACAUAGUUUUCUUAAAUCGAUAAUCUGGAGUUGCUACAUCUAUUAAAAAAAUCUAGAAAAAAGUAGGAUAUGUACCAAAUGAUUAUAUAAGAAUAAAACUUAUAAAUGUCUCAUGAGGUUAGUUUAAAAAAAAAAAUCUUGUUUAACUCCAAUGUUUGUAAACAAAGUAAAUGUAAACAAACAAUGUAUAGCCUCAAAACAUGGUUAUACCUAUAAUUUUGAUAUCAUGAAUGGUCCGUCCUCACAUCCAGCCCUGUAAUCUACAGAGAAAGUCCUAAUUUUGCCAGUAAAUGUUUGACAUCUUUUGUCAUUAUGUUUUCUCAAUGCGUUGUUUAAGCAUUUUUUUUUUACAGUAUCUUGUACAAUGUGAAAAACGUACAUUUACCUCAUAGUCAACUUGUGAUAGAAAUGUACAGUGUGUAUGGAAAGUAUUCAGACCCCUUGACUUUUUUGACAUUUUGUUACGUUACAGCGUUAUUCAAAAAUGUAAAACAUCAUUUUUAUCCCUCAUCAAUCUACAAUACCCCAUAAUGACAGAAGCACCUUAUUUACAUAAGUAUUCAGACCCUUUGCUAUGAGACUUGAAAUUGAACUCAGGUGAAUCCUGUUUCCAUUGAUCAUCCUUGAGAUUUUUCUACAACUUUAUUGUAGAACUGUAGUCCAACUGUGGUAAAUGUAACUGAUUGGACAUGAUUUGUAAAGGCACACGGCUGUCAAUAUAAGAUCUCACAGUUGACAGUGCAUGCCAGAGCAAAAACCAAGCCAUGAGGUCAAAGGAAUUUAGAGAGCUCCAAGACAGGAUCGUGUCGAGGCACAGAUCUGGGGAAGGGUACCAAAAACGUUCUGCAGCAUUGAAGGUCCCCAAGAACAAAGUGGCCUCCAUCAUUAUUAAAUGGAAGAAGUUUGGAACCACCAAGACUCUUCCUAAAGCUGGCCGAGCUGGCCAAAUUGAGCAAUCGGGGGAGAAGGGCCUUGGUCAGGGAGGUGACCAAGAACCCGAUGGUCACUCUGACAGAGAUCCAGAGGUCCUCUGUGGAGAUGGGAGAGCCUUCCUGAAGGACAACCAUCUCUGCUGCACUCAACCAAUCAGGUCCGACGGUACAGUGGCCCGACGGAAGCCACUCCUCAGUAAAAGGCACAUGAAAGCCUGCUUGGAGUUUCCAAAGGCACCUAAAGCACUCUCAGACCAUGAGAUUCGAGAUUCUCUAGUCUGAUGAAACCAAGAUUGAACUCUUUGGCCUGAAUUCCAAGCAUCACGUCUGGAGGUAACUUGGCACCAUCCCUACGGUGAUGAAUGGUGAUGCCAGCAUCAUGCUGUGGAGAGGUUUUUCAGCGCAGGGCCUGGAAGACUAGUCAGGAUGAGGCAAAGAUGAAUGGAGCAAAGUACAGAGAGAUCCCUUGAUGAAAACCUGCUCCAGAGCACUCAGGACCUCAGAUUGGGGGCGAAGGUUCACCUUCCAACAGGAUAACUACCCUAAGCACACAGCCAAGACAAUGCAGGAGUGGCUUUAGGACAAGUCUCUGAAUGUCCUUGAGUGGCCUAUCCAGAGCCUGGACCCGAUCUAACAUCUCUGGAGAGACCUGAAAAUAGCUGGGAAGCGAGCUCCCCAUCCAACCUGACAGAGCUUGAGAGGAUCUGCAGAGAAUAAUGGGAGAAACUCCCCAAAUACAGGUGUGCCAUGCUUGUGGUGUCAUACCCAAGAAGACUCGAGGCUGUAAUCCCUGCCAAAGGUACUUCAACAAAGUACUGAGUGAAGGGUCUGAAUACUUAUGUCAAUGUGAUAUUUCAGUUUUUAUUUAAAUAUGCCAAAACUUCUAAAAAACUGUUUUUGCUUUGUCAUUAUGGGAUAUCGUGUGUAGAUUGAUGAGAAAAAUAGAUGUAAUACCUGUUUUAAUAAGGCUGUAACGUAACACAAUGUGGAACAAGUCAAGGGGUCCUUGAAUGCACUGUAUGUACAGCCAGUCUAGUAAACAUAUAAAUGGUUUCAUGUCCAUAAUGUGAUGUUUGAACCUGUCACAGAUGUAUAGACCUGAUUAUAGAUCAAAUGAAUCAUAAAAAAAAAUAAUUUAAAUAAUAAACUUUUCUCUUGUUGUGUUAGAACUAAA